AUUCUGUACAUCACGAGCAAGAACCCAAGUAAACAAUCCAUAGUCUACUGUUCUCGAGAUCUAAGAGCUGCCAUGUCUUCCUUAGCUUCUCAAUUGAGUAACAUCGCCUCUGGAGCAACCACUGUUGCUUUUGACCGUAAGAGGAGACAAAAACUCCACUCGGCAUCUCUCAUCUACACACCAAAGGUUGCAGCUACCCAGGAUUAUGAGAUCAUCUAUUCCAACGCUUUUGAAGCGCUUGAGGAGCUCAUCAGCGUUGACAGAAGAUUUGCCUACUUCAAGAACUCUCUGUUUUCUGAGACGUCUGUGAAUGUCGAUAGAAACGUACAGACGGCCGAGCAAAACAAGGACCUGGACAAUGCCGUCAAUGCCUACUUGUCCCUCAUCUCACCAAGAUGGAACUUGGUUCCUGCCCUCCAAGCUACAGAAUGGCUUGUUCGUCGUUUCCACAUCCAUAUCCACAAUGCGGAAGCCUUGUUGCUGAGCACGCUUAAUUACUAUCAAUCACCUGUCUUCAAGAGAGUCUUGGACAUCACCAGGCUUCCACCAUUAUUUGCCGGGCUUGGUGGUUUCAAAAACAACGAAAAAUCCCCGACAAAUACCUCCAUGGUAAAGCUAUUCACUGAUGUUGAUCUGUUCAACUUGUAUGUGAAGUACUUGGAGGACUCAACCUCGAAGAACAUUACUUAUUCUGGUCAGUUACUGUUCUUUACCUGCGUUGCAGUUAAUGUACUCGCUACUCUGUCCAAAGAUGAGAAGAAGAUUGGAGUCUUGACCCCCUUGAUCUUGGAAGUGAGUGCCAAGUUCCUUGCAAGCUCCAACAGUGAUGCUCAUAUUGCAGCACACACUGUUCUUGUUGUUCUUGCAACCGCAGUUCCACUCUCCCAGCAAAUCAUCUACGCUGCGACAGAGACCAUUCUGUCAAAGAUUCAAAAGAAGGCUGAGCACUCUGGAUUAAUUGCUAUUGCAAAACUCUUCCAGUCAUUGAACGGCUCCAAAUUUGAAAACUUGCCCGUCAGAAUAUACAGAUUGUUGAUCAAAUUAGUUACUGCAGAUCUCGGUCGUUUUGACCAUAUUCUUGCCUCAUCUAAUGUUCAAUCUCAUAAGCUCGCUACCGUUCUUGUCAAGACAAUCUUGGCCUAUGAUUUUGAAGAGCGUUCAGAUCUCGUUUUGGAUAUCUUGAAUAAGAUCGAAUUACCAUCCUAUGAGAUGAGUUACAUCAUCAGAGAUUCUCUCAGUGUCAUUGACAAGCUAGAGAAGGACAAAUCCACCAUUAUCACUUUGUUCGAGUUCUAUAUCAAGACCAACAGAGAACUAUUAUUGCAGGUGCUUGAGGAGUUCAACAUUACUACUGAUAUUCUCGAGAUUAAGCUUCAAACCUCACUUCAGUUGCAGACUUCUCAAGAUAUUGAAGAGGUUACAGACCUUGAUGCCAUCAAAGUCAUAACUACAGAACCAGUUGAGGAUAUCCUAAAAUCAUUCUCCGAGAGAUCAACCACCACCAAAUCUUUCCUUGCUCCUGGCAUAGAUGAGGAAUUCAGUGUCUUAAGUAUCGAUCUCAUCAAGGCUGUUCAGAACAAGCUUUUGAAAGAAUUCACGGAGAAAGUUUUCCCUGAUCCAAGUUCCUCGUUGACAUAUCUUGUUCGUGCUGCUGUGUCCCCUUCUGUUCCAACAUUUGCACGUAUCUCUGUUUUCAAGACUUUGAUUUCAGUGCUCAAGGAUUUUGAUAAGUCUUUGAACCUGUUCACCCUUGUUCCAGUUUUGUUAACUGGACUUGCUGAUCAACGUCGAUCUGUUAGAUCCCUGACGUUGGAAGCUUUGAAGGUGAUUACUUCCAGACAAUCCAAAAGUAAGUUCUUCUUGGAGGAUAACAUAUAUGGCUCUCAGUCUAAUGAGAUGCAGCUCAUUUCUCCAAAAGAUGCUGAUAACUUCCUCUCCCUCAUCCUGCAAGAGGCUUUUGCUGAGAAUCUAGAAGUAUCUAAACUCCUUGUUAAUUCUAAGAAGAAUGGUCCACUAUAUCUGGCAUUUCUCGGUAAUCAGGCAAGCUUGAUCACCUUGCCAGUAACCAAAAUUGUUCUCAUCAAGAUCAUCAGAGGCACUGUGCCAUCGGUCAAAGGUGCCGUUCUAUCCAAGGUUUUCCAAAAGUUGCUGGAGACGUAUGUUGCUGAAAGAAGCUCAUGGGAGAAGAUAUUUGAAAUCAAUAAGGCCAGUAUUGAAGACUUUGAUGCUGAAGUUGUCAAUUUGGUCUCCGUUAAAGAAAAGAAUGCUUUUGCUGUCCAAUUUUUAAUCAACUGCUUGAACUCAACAUCUGAGGCCCUUGCAGGUCUUGCUGUGUCUAAGCUUAUAGCUAUCUUCGGAUCUUUGAAGCACGAUUUCCAAUUUCAAUUGGCCAGCGCAAUUGUUGAUGCUUUCUCUUCAGAGGGAGACAUUUCUUAUGAUGCUACUGCAACGUUACAAUCUAUCCCACUGACAUCUCAGCUUGUUGUGGACCUUUUGAAAGAUUCUCAGAUCAACCAGCCAAAUAACGAACCAGGUGUUGCUAAGAGAAGAAGAAGAUCAUCUGCUUCUGCUAGAGCUGCCUUGUCCACUGGUGAUCUAGCCAAGGUUGCUGAAAAUCAUUUGCAGAAAGUUACCGUUAUUCUUGAAACAUUGUACACCAGAAUCGAUACAUUGACACCAUCUGCUGCCCUCUUGUCUUCUCUAUUCAACUUACUUGCUGAUUUAGAGACACUUGGUGGUGAUGCUGGUCUUCCAGUCUUGUAUACCGAGGAGGUAUUGGCCACUACAAUGGUUAAGAUCAUUAGAUUUUUCAAACAGAACAAUGUGAAACUCGUCUCCAAUUCUAUCAGAACAGAUAUCAUCGUUGCCACUAUCAGAGCUUCCCCAUCUCCUCAAGUUCAGAACAAACUGCUCCUUGUUGUUUCAGAGCUUGCAUCACUCGCUCCUGAGACUGUUUUGCACUCUGUUAUGCCAAUUUUCACAUUCAUGGGCGCUCAUACAAUUAGACAGGAUGAUGAAUUCUCUGUUCACAUCGUGGAGCAGACCGUGAUUCAUGUGAUUCCAGCGUUAGUCAACUCUAACAAGGAUAGUAAAGCAGAAGAGGUUGAGUUCUUGCUGACGAGUUUUGCAUCCGCAUUCACUCACAUACCAAGACAUAGAAGAGUCAGACUCUUUACCACAUUGGCUUCCACAUUGGGUCCUGAGCUAUCUAUUCACAUUAUCUUAUAUCUGAUCGGUGUUCAAUACUCAGCAGCCGUUUCUAAGAGUCGCUCUGCAGAGUCAAGAUCACUGGCAGAAUUUGGUCUCUCCUUCUUGAAACAUUUCACGGCUUUUGAACAACUGUCUGCCUUGCGUUCAUUUAUCUCUAUUUGGAAGAGUAUUCCAUCUGACAUUGCUGCUAGAGAAGCCGACAAUGCUGACACUUUGAUCUCCAGUCCAAUCUUCAACUCAACAAUUUUGACCCUUCCUGUUGAUGAACUGGAAGAACUCAAGGUUAACCUGAUCAACUUUGUCGACACCACAAUUAUGGGCGUUGAUUCUUCUUCAGUUUCGCCACUCCAGUUAAAGAUUUCCUAUUCGUUGUUGGACUCUGAAGCACAGCAUGAGAAGAAGGCUAUUCUGGACUCAUUCGGUACGUUGAUUCAAUCCCUAUUGGCUUUAAUCGUAUCCUCUGAGACAUAUCUAUCAUCACCUUUGCUCUCACUGUUGAAUGAUGUUUUGUCACUCUUACCUAUCAAAGAGUUUGUUUCUUCAGUUUCAAAGUUGCUUUCAGGUGAUCGUGUCAAAAUAUCUACACGUAAGAGUCUGACAUCUUUGGUCUCUGAGAAGUUCGAUCUGGAGUCCGCUGAAAGUGCGGAAGCCCAAGAAGCUGUUGAGCUGCUGUUGGGUGUUCUCAUUGAGAACAGCUCCAGCUCCUCCGUUUCUCUUGCCCAGUCGUCGUUGGAUACAUUGGCAACAUUGGUUGCAAAGUUUGGAGCACAUGUCGAGAAUGCUACUCUGCUCAAGAUGCUGAACAUAGCUACAGAUUCGUCUGGUCUGACUAGUGAAAAUGGUGAAACUGUUGUUUCCUCUAUGACUUUGAUCUCCAACAUCGUUACUGUUCUAGGUGUCAAGACCAUUUCUUACUAUCCAAAGAUCAUACCACCAUCCCUGAAGAUUUUCGAGGAAUCUAAAUCGAUGGAGGAUGAUGAAUCAAGAGGAACUCUUCAGCUUUCUGUUCUUCUUUUGCUGUCUAGUUUUGUUAAGCGUAUUCCUGCAUUUGUUACAACAAGCUUACAAGAUAUCCUCAAUGCUGUAUUCACCGCUGCCGAUGUGUCUGAUAACAUCAGAUCUUCUAUUAUUCAACUGAUUGUUGAAAACAUGGACCAUAUGGCAGUGUUGAAAGCUCUUGUGAACUUGUGGCCAUCUUCCAGCAAGCUGGAUGCUUCUUCUGUUGGCCUGUACCUCAACGCACUUGACUCAACAGUUGACACAAUCGACAAGAAAACUGCAACUACACAGGCACCAAGAUUCUUCAAGCUUCUUGUUCAAUUGUUUGAAUUCAGAUGUCAGAGUAGCUUUGACAAUAAUGCAAUUCAUAGAAUUGAGGCUUCCUUCCACUCCAUUGCUAAUAAAUAUGUGAUGAAGUUGAACGAUAAGACCUUCAGACCACUUUUUGCUAUUUUAGUCCGUUGGGCCUUUGAUGGUGAAGGUGUUACUUAUUCCAAGAUCACUGAAACAGAAAGAUUGACUUCUUUCUUCAAGUUCUUCAAUAAGUUGCAAGAAAACCUGAAAUCUAUCGUGACGUCCUACUACAGUUACUUUUUGGAACAAACGGUAUCACUUCUCAAGAGAUUGGCACAGAAGAAUAUUGUGGAUAUCAACUUGCGUCGUAUUGUUUUGCAUUCCUUGACUUCAUCGAUAAAGUACGAUCAGGAUGAAUACUGGCAAGCACAGGCUAGAUUUGAUAUUGUCUCUGAAGCUUUGAUGGAUCAACUAGUGACCAUUGAAGAUGGUAUUGGAAAGUAUUUGGUGAAAGCAAUCACUGCCCUGGCUCGAAACGCUUCAUCUGAUGAGCAUAAUAGAGCACUGAACACCCUGUUCUUAUCACAUAUGAAGGGUGAUUGUAAACCUAGAGAAAGAUAUUGGGCUACUAAGGCUCUCAAAAGUGUCUAUCAAAAGGUUGGUGACCAGUGGUUACCACUUCUUCCACAGAUUGUUCCUAUCAUCGCUGAACUUCUUGAAGACGAUGACGAAGAUGUUGAAUUAGAAACACGUUCAGGUCUUGUCAAGGUCAUUGAAGACGUCCUUGGGGAACCAUUAGACAGAUAUUUGGAUUAGUUUACCAAAAAAAGUUUUUAUAUAUGCAUUAAAAUGUUAUAAAUUAGGUUGUUAGCUUCUUAUACUUACCCUUCUUUCUAACUCUAGUAUCUUCAGGAUUAAACCCUGCACUUUCACUCCCCCAAAGGGCCCAAUCAGGCGUCUUGGAUAUAUAAUCCAGUUUAUCAAAAGGUUUACCACUUCUAAGCAGUUCAAAGUACCUAGGGUAAUCAAUAUGGGUGUGCCAUUCAC